AUGUUUAAAAACUUCACUUCAGGUCAGAAAUCAACUCCUCCUGGGCAACCACCUGAUCAGCAACCCUCAAGUUUGCCGAAUCGCCCAUUUAAAUUUGGAGGCUUCAAUAAAGGUGGUAAGGGUCUCAAAGAUCAGGAAGGAACUGAGCUCAAGAAAGGCAGUUCGCUAUCACCUGGUCAGAAAUCCACUAGUCCUGGGCAAACUGGAGAAGGAAGCUCAACACCUGGUCGGAAAUCCACUCUUCCUGGGCACACUAAAAAAGGAAGCUCUCUAUCACCUGGUAUUUCUUCAGGCCGGAAAUCUCCGGAAGAACUAACGCAGGACUACAUACUACUGAUACGUUAUAUCUACUACAUCAAAGAAUUCCUUCCCGAGCUGUUCCCUGCGAGAGAUCAAUGGCCUGAUUCCGGAGAUGGUUAUCCUUCUUUCUAUCCUGACCAGCAUCCAUCGAAAGAUGUAACGCAUGAAUAUCUAUUACUGUUAUUAUAUUACCAGUACUUCGCAGAAUUCCGCUUUUCAUUCGAGAAUGAUAUGUUCUUCCCGGGAAAUUCAAUGCCGGGAGGCUUCAUGCAAGACUAUUAUUUGUUACUAAUUUAUUACCGUUACUACAUGGAGUACCACCACCAAUUCGGACUCGGGAGAUAUUUCGGAAGCUCCGGUUAUUAUUCCCGCUCUGGGUACUCAAGACAAGACCACUUAUUAUUACUGCUUUAUUACCGUUACUACAUGAAUUACCGCCUUCUAUUCGACUACGAAGGAGAUCUGUUGCCUGAAUAUUAUGGCUAUCUAGAUCGUUUCCGAUCAGGAAAUUUAACGCGAGAAUACCUAUUAUCACUAAUCUAUUACAAAUACUUUGAAGACUUCCGUAUCUGGUUUGAGCUCGACUGGCAACGUUUGGAAUAUUUGCGGUACAAAUACUCUAACAUUUCCCUUUCUUUCGGACCCGGUCAACAAUUCGAGGAGAGUUCAAUGCAGGAGUACUUGCUCUUACUACUACGUUAUUACUAUACAGAAUUCCAUCUUACACUAGAGUUUGAAAAUUCAACUGACUAUUUCGAAAGCCUCUUACCUUUCCAAACUGACAUGCUGUCUCCGGGAGAUCUACCUGUUAAUGUUCUUGAAGAGUUGCGCCUUCGUUUCCAAACAGAAUUCGCGAAUGGAUCCAUGAGCAGUCCUUCCUUUGCUUCGCAAUUAAUCCUUCGGAUUCUCAACUCCUUGGCACAAUUCCAGAUAUCCAUGAUGGGCAUCUAUACAAAGCUUAACGGUACAAUACGCAUCAACGACAUCAAACGCGCCAAGAUUACUGGAGAAAAAGUUCUUGAAAGGAUUGAAUUAGCUCUAAUCGACAAUACAUUGAGCGGUGCGAUGGCAGAGGAAGAGCAGCUAGAAGCUACUAUCAGCGAAAUAAGUGGAUUGGUGGAGGAUGUCAUCACAAACUCCAUGAAAACUAUGGCACUUAUCGUGCCUUUGAUCAGAAAUGGCACGGUUCGUCGUAACGAUAACGAGGACGUUCUUGUUGAAAAAGCAGUUUUGGGCGGAUUUUACGGACUUUGGCACGAAAGCUCUCUUAAUGCCUCUCGCCCCCACAACAAAUCGCAGACAGCACCUAUUCCAUCAAACGAUAAAAAGCAGUUCUCAACCGAUCUCAAAAAGCUUUACGAGGAGCAGUUUGAAGGAUUCCUGAGAAUUCCUAUCAAAUGCGUUCGCACCAGCUCAGGAGAAACGAAAUGUAAUCAAACCUCUGCUAUCUCGAAUGGACAGCAUUGGCAACCUGAUAAAAGUAAAGGGGAGAUGUUUACAGGACUAAAGCUAAAUGAUCACGAGAUAAUACGGCAUGGUCCCAUUUCACGUGUCGAGUCAAUCAUAAUUGGGAAUGCGACGGUCAUUCAACAAAGCAACAGCACAUUAAGCACAGCAUUUCCCUACUAUCCACUCAAGAUGAGCAACAACUCAACAACGGUAUAGGUGGAAUAAUGUUGAAAAAAGGUGUUUAUUAUUUUUAAACGAAUGAGCACUAUGCUGUAAAAAUAUAAAUACAAAUAAAC